GGAGCAAAGUUUGCGCGCAGCCCCUCGGGGGCCCGGGACACCCCGUGCGCUACUCUCUCUACGGCCGCAAGGAGGGUCGCCGGCAGCCACGCGGAGGUGGCCGGGAGAGGCGCAGCGCAGGACCAGUACCCACCGGACUCAGCAGCCCCUGGCCUCCCAGCCCGGCCUGAACGGCUCGAGCCUCGUCCAGAGGACGAUGUGGACCUGGAAGCCCUGAUGAGUGACAUGAGCACCUCCUUGGAGAGCUUGUACCCGGCCUGCAACAUGCAGCCCGAGCCGGUGCCGCUGCGCCAGAACGGGCAGCACAACCGCAACCAGCCGCCAGUGUCGGGAUCGGCAGCGGGAGCGGCGGCGGCGGGAGCGGCGGCGGCGGCGGGAGCGGCGGCGGCAGCGAAGCCGCAGGAGGCGCCGCAGCAGAAGGUGCAGCGCUCCCAGCCUGUGCACAUCCUGGCCGUCAGGCGCCUGCAGGAGGAAGACCAGCAGUUCAGAACAUCUUCGCUGCCGGCCAUCCCCAACCCUUUCCCCGAGCUCUGCGGCAGCGGCGCGGGGAGCCCCCCGGCACUGGCGUCCGGCUCCUUGCCUCCGAGCCAGGCCCCGGCGAAGCUGGAUGUGAAGGUCUUUGGCGAAGACGCAACCUGCAAAGUGGUGGAGAUCAUGGUGGACAUGACGGCCAGGGACCUGUGCCAACUGCUGGUGUACAGAAGCCACUGUGUGGACGACAACAGCUGGACUCUGGUGGAGCACCACCCACACCUGGGGUUAGAGCGGUGCCUGGAAGACCACGAACUGGUGGCCCAGGUGGAGAGCACCAUGGCUGGCGACAGCAAGUUCCUCUUCAGGAAGAAUUAUGCCAAAUACGAGUUCUUCAAAAACCCCACAAACUUCUUCCCAGAGCAGAUGGUCACCUGGUGCCAGCAGUCCAACGGCGGGCAGACCCAGCUCUUGCAGAACUUCCUGAACUCCAGCAGCUGCCCCGAGAUUCAGGGGUACCUGCACGUGAAGGAGCUGGGGAGGAAGUCCUGGAAGAGGAUGUACCUCUGCCUGCGCAGGUCCGGCCUCUACUGCUCCACCAAGGGGUCCUCGAAGGAGCCCAGACACCUGCAGCUGCUGGCCGACCUGGAGGACUGCAGCGUGUUCUCGGUGAUCACCGGCCGGAAGCAGUACAGCGCCCCCACCGACUUCGGCUUCUGCAUCAAGCCCAACAAAGUGCUGCAGGAGACUAAGGAGCUGCGUCUGCUGUGUGCGGAAGACGAGCAGAGCCGCACCUGCUGGAUGACCGCCUUCCGCCUGCUCAAGUAUGGGAUGCUCCUCUACCAGAGCUACAGGGUCCCCCAGCAGAGGAAGGCCUUGCUGACCCCCUUCUCCAGCCCCGUGCGCAGUGUCUCCGAGAACUCCCUGGUGGCCAUGGACUUCUCUGGGCAGACUGGAAGAGUGAUUGAGAACCCGGCCGAAGCCCAGAGCGCAGCCCUGGAGGAAGGGCAUGCCUGGAGGAAGCGAAGCACCCGAAUGAGUGUCCUCGGGAGCCAGAGUCCCCUGCACCCCUCCACCCUCAGCACCGUGAUCCACAGGACCCAGCACUGGUUUCAUGGCAGGAUCUCCCGGGAGGAGUCCCACAGGAUCAUCAAGCAGCAGGGGCUGGUGGACGGGCUGUUUCUGCUCCGCGACAGCCAGAGCAACCCCAAGGCGUUUGUGCUCACGCUGUGCCAUCACCAGAAAAUAAAAAAUUUUCAGAUCCUACCUUGUGAGGAUGACGGGCAGAUGUUCUUCAGCCUUGAUGAUGGGAACACCAAAUUCUCCGACCUGAUCCAGCUCGUCGACUUCUACCAGCUCAACAAGGGCGUGCUGCCUUGCAAGCUGAAGCAUCACUGUGUCCGCGUGGCUUUGUGACUUCGCACGCGGCUCGCCCGGCGGCUGAGGCGCGUCCUUGUGACCCGCGACCUCAGACCCGCCGCGGCUGAUGGAGGAGGAGGAGGAGGAGGCCUGUGCAUGGUUGAGAAUACAUUUUAAUUCUGUACCUUGGGAGCGAAAUCAGUUCCUUUGGUGCCAUCCCCCCCCCUCAAGAUUGCCUAGUUUCUUGGACUUAACGAUGAUUUGCUGCUGUGGGUCCUGCCGGCCACAUGGGGGCACCAAAGAGCGCGCGCCAAAUUGAGAUCAAGCGGGAAGACGGUCCUGGCGGGGCCACGCGGGGAUCGGAGAGAAGUGAUUGGAUAUAAACUCUUGCCCUGGAAUAAUCUUGACAAUUAAAACUGCGAUGUUUACUUUUUGUUAUUGAUCACUUUUUUGCACUCCUCUGUUUCCCCUGUUGUAUUCAGCCUCUGGUGGCGGGGAUGUGGCUUCUUAGCGCAUAGAAGACGGAGCGGCAGUUCCGGACGGCAGACGGCACGGACUGGGCCCCAGAGGCCUCCCGAGGGCGGCCCCACCUCCUGCAGGUCACCGUAGGUGGAGUCGGCGUCCGAAUAACGCACGCCCUCGCCCUUCCCAACAUACUUGAAGAGCUUUUCUUAACAAAAAAUUAAAGGUGUCACCUGUGGUCUGCCCUGGGCGCACUCCGUGGACCCGUCAGGCAUCCACGGUCUGCCAGCCGCUCCUCUGUGCGCAGGUCCCCCCGAUCCUGUCCUAGGGCACCUCUCUCCCCCAGCGCAGGAGGCUCGCUUCCUCAGAACGGUCACCGCCCGCGCCCGGCGGGGCCGAGUGGCCGCCCCGCAAGUCGGACACACAGCCUUCCCGAGACACACGUGGUGCCCCGUCUGCCAGCCCUCCGUCCACCGGGGCCUCUGCAGCCUGUUCCAGAAUGAACGGGUCCCGCCUCGCCCCUGCAGUGACGUGAGCCCCCUCACGCUGUCCUCCCUCGGAGAUUCAAGAUUCUGACAAGAAAAUGUCAUCUGCUCGGCUUCCUGCGGGCUCGCAGGUUUCCACGGUGACGCAGAUGACAGCAUCGAAAGGGCGCAUCCCCAGCCCGGCAUCCGCGAUGGUGCCCGGUGACCCCCGUCCUGAAGGCCCCGUGCCAGAGGCAGCUGGCCGCCCCCCUGCCGGCUCGUACCUCACAGCAGCUGCGGACAUGGACCUAUUUUUCCAGUACCAGCCACACUGCUCCCCGCUCCGGGAGCCAGGUCGGGGGUGCCCUGUCCCCCGAGCUGUUACCAGGUUUGAGAGUGGCCGUGUCUUUCUUUACCUUUGGUCUCUGACGAGCACACAGACUACUGUGGUGAAAGUGAUUUUCUUGUCCAAUAGCAGUUCUGACACUUGACUGGCCCCUCUGGACGUGCCCCACGGGACGGCCCCGCGCUGACCUGCCGCGGGGCUCCCCAGAAACACCGCUCAGACAGGCCGGCGGCCUCGGGGAGCACGUCCCCCCACGCCAGUCAGUGUUCUCGAACGGCGAGGCCCUGCACAGGCCACACUCUCGUUUCCAUGACUGUCCACUUAUACAAAUGAAGAAGCUUUAGUAGAUGUGUUUAACCAUAAGCGCUUACUUGUGUUAUCUUCUUUAUUUUUUCCUUUUUUUUUCUUUUUUUUUUUUUUUACCCAGUUCCCAGUUCAUCUUUUCACACCAUUGACCAUUUGACGAGUCCCGAGCGCCCCCCGCGGUGCGCUGCCCCGCGUCCACCCCAGGGGCCGACUCUCCAGUGACGCCGUCACACAUUCUCUUUGCUGGUUGGGUGUUGAAUCUUAGAAACAACGCGGAACAGGCCUCUCUGACGCCUUCCUGUUCGCGCGGACCAGCCCACCGGCGAGGUGAGGCCCGCACACCCUUCCCGGCAGACAGCCAGAGUUCUCAGCAUUUCAUAUUUAUGAGCAUUUUAUUUAAAAGGGCAGCAGAAGCUUGACUCUGACUCAGUUCCGCAUGUAGCUGGUGUGACCUGGCCCUGGUGCCUUCCCGGCCGCGGUGAAUUGUUCACGGGGCCGACUUGGCGGGGCGCCGCCUCGUCUUGCCCGGGCCGGGGGGCCGCCUGACAGCAGCCGGUCCCCGGAGGAGGCUCCGUCCACCUGCCAGCCGGGGGCCGAGCACACCAGCCUUUAUUUUUGUAUUUCAGUGACGUGAAUGUAACCAGGACAGCUCAGGGUCGCCCUGGAGCCUGCUGAGUUGUCAUCUCUCUGCCUGUGAUUUUCUUUUAAAAUGAACCUCCGUGGAGCAGCCCGGGCAACACGGAGAAGGAAACACGGUGCUUAAGGGGCCCCACUUCCUGGGCGAGCUCUGUUAGGUCAGGAUGCUUUUCUGUCUGCUGAACCCUGAAGAAAUAUGUGCCUCACUCAGGAGUUCUGUCUUGUGUUUCUGCACCUCGUGCCUGACGGUCCGAGCCGUCGGCUCGCCUCCCGGGGCGGGAUCGCUCCCGGCGAGGGCGACUGCGCGGCCAGCCCGAUGACCACCCCGCGGCCGCGUUGCCAGGGAACGCAGAAGGUGUUAGGAGACAGAACUUCGCUCCAUGUGCUUUGCUCCUCUGUACAUAGGUCCUCAGCUCAUGACCCACUUGUAAACGUUCAGGUAUUUUUGUACAAAUAAGGGACUGGUGAUCUCUUUCUUGUAAUUUGAAAUAAACAUUAAUACAGUGUUUUUCGUUUGC